AUGACCCGCUACAGAUUUUCUGUGAAUAACUUAUGCCCCUCACCACAAUACUCCUGUGAGGCAGUUUGCCGACUGAAUGAAAGCAGCCAGGCUCGAGAAAGGAUGUUUCAGAGACCUUGUUACUGCGAUGAGCUCUGCCUGGAGCUUGGUGAUUGUUGCUAUGACUAUUUUCAAAGGUAAGCUAAAUUAAUUACACGCUCGCCAUCCAUCUUUAGAUUAAUCUUAAAACUGAGGACUUUUCUUUUUUGUAUUUAUUUUUUUUCAGCUAAGGAAUGAGCAAUUAAGUUAAACUUGCCCUCAGGUUCACAUGCCUUAGUAUUUUAUUGCGCCUACUUACUAGUUGGGAUAUUUUCAAAGAUACAAGUAUCCGAGGUUUUAAAGACGUGUUACAGACGGUCAUUUAUAAUAGUUAAAGCCUUAUUUGCCAUAUGGUUGCAAAAUUUUCUCCAGUAGAAUUCUUGCGUUCCUUAUCCAAGUUCAGAAAAAAUAACAGGGGAAAAAAUCCCCCUUUAUAUCCAGGCUCCCAUAUAAUUAAACGUCACUACCCAGUUUUUCUUUACAUGUGGAAAGAAGUGUACUUGCUCGAUCAAGCUCCUCUUCAAUAAAACUGGUCUUGUACGGGACACUUGUAAUAUGCAUACUUAUGAAGACGUUGAGGCCACCGCAUCAGUUAUCUAACAUUAAUUUAUCUUCCAUGUGUCAUUUUUGAUCUUCAGAUGUGUGGCUGACCUUACACCGAAGCGUCACCUUUUAAAGCAUGUCUGUGUUAAGACCAGCAAUACAGAAUUUUAUGGCUACACAAUGAUUGGCAGCUGUCCAUCAGAAAACUCUGAUAAGAGCUUGAAAACUUUAUGCACCUCAACAUCUUCACCUUUAGAGCUGCCGGUCUUCGACUUUGACGACAACAUCGUUUACAAGAAUAUUUUCUGUGCCAAAUGUAAUCGCGCCAGUAAUCCAGUUUACUGGAAGUUUUCUGCUUCCUGUAACAGGCGUUACAUCACGGCAAGCGAUAUUCCAAAAAACAGAACCUUGAUGUUGAACUUUUUAACAAAGAAUUGCGAUUGGGAAUUUACAGUUCCUCGUGCUAACAUAAACCUAAAGAAGUGUUUGUCGGUUAAGGUCCAGUGUAAAGAAUCUGAGCCAGAAAAUUCACUAUUAUCCAGUCUGUGCUCUUUUUAUGCUUUUCCCGUUUGUGAAAAUAUUCAAAGUAAAAAUCCUCAUUGUGAGAUGUGCCGCGGAAACGACAUCAGUGCGUUUUUGUGCACCUGCAAUACCAGUCUCAUCACUGCUGCUCCUCCUCCGGUGGGUGGAAUACCAUCUUUGGAUAUUUUAUUUGAUUUCUCGUCUUCCUCGGAUCAUACUGUAAAAAUAGGGGAUAAAACCACCAUUGUAAAGAAUAGGGAAUGCCGUCAUGGUUUUCUGUAUGAUCCGUUCACAGAGAAAUGUGUGAGAUUGCAAGUUGUGGAUCGCCCAGUUGCAAUCAAUGGAUCUUUUACCAAUUACAUUAGCUGCGAAGGAUCGGGCUUUGUUAAAGUUGGCAUAAGUUCCGUAACUGUUUUACCAAAUGGCUCAAUAUGGAUCCCAUUGCAUAAGAGAACAUACAACAACGGAAGUUACUUUAUUAACGGUUCCUUUGUGUUUGUUUGCGUAAACCUCACAAGGAAUUUUACAGAAACAACUACACUUAACUCUGAAGAUGAAAAGUUAACUGGAAGGCUGAUAAUGACAUAUGUGGGUUGUGCCAUAUCGAUAACUUCCUUGAUUCUCCUUCUCGGAGUCUAUAUCAUAUUUUCGGAGCUAAGAACACUGCCUGGAAAAAAUCUGAUGAGCUUGUCAGUAUCCAUGUUGUUUUAUCACACUUUAUUUUAA